UUUAUUUCUCUUUGUCGCAGGUCAUGUAGGAGCGCGGGAAUGCUAUGAAGAUGGGAGUUUUGGUGUUCAUGAGGAACUUGCUGCUGGCUCUCUGCCUCUUCUUGGUCCUAGGCUUUCUCUACUACUCCGCCUGGAAGCUCCACCUCCUGCGCUGGGAAGAUUCACAUUCUAUGCUUCAUGCCUUUGACUCCGUUGGACACAGUUUAGGCCCAGGACGGAGAGAGAGAAAAACUGGCAUCUCGACCCCCCCCUCAGUGGCCCCAUCGCACAUUGUGGCGGACAGAACCCAGAAAGAAUCCCAGAAGCCGGGGGGCGCUCCAGCGGCAUCGCUUAUAAAAUAUGACCGCCUGGGAUUCUUACUUAAAUUGGACUCUAAACUGCAAACAGAAAUUGCAACAAGGUACGCAAACUUCUCUGACGGCGUCUGCAAACCGGGCUACUCUUCCGCAAUGAUGUCCGCCAUCUUCCCAAAGUUCUCAAGACCAGCUCCAAUGUUCCUCGAUGACUCUUUCAGGAAGUGGGGAAAGAUCAGGGAAUUUGUGCCUCCAUUUGGAAUCAAAGGACAAGAUAACUUAAUCAAGGCCAUCUUGUCGGCUACAAAGGAAUAUCGCCUGACGCCGGCGCUCGACAGUUUGAGCUGUCGGCGAUGUAUCAUCGUCGGGAACGGAGGGGUGCUCGCCAACAAGUCAUUAGGAUCAAAAAUCGAUGAGUACGAAGUGGUUGUCAGGCUGAACUCGGCACCGGUGAAAGGCUUCGUGAAGGACGUGGGCAGUAAAACAACACUAAGAAUUACAUAUCCCGAAGGAGCCAUUCAGAAACUUGAACAAUACGAGAAAGAUUCCCUUUUCGUGCUGACCGGAUUCAAGUGGCAAGACUUCAAAUGGCUGAAAUAUAUUGUUUACAAAGAGAAAGUGAGCGCUUCUGAUGGUUUCUGGAAGUCGGUUGCCACUCGGGUGCCACGGGAGCCACACGAGAUCCGAAUCCUGAACCCCUACUUCAUCCAGGAAGCAGCGUUCAGCUUCAUUGGGCUACCGUUCAAUAAUGGACUGAUGGGAAGAGGGAACAUUCCUACCCUGGGCAGCGUGGCCAUUACGAUGGCGCUUCACAAUUGUGACGAGGUAGCUGUGGCUGGGUUUGGGUACGACAUGAACCUCCCUAACGCCCCUUUGCAUUACUACGAGACAAUCAAGAUGGCUGCCAUUAAAGAGUCUUGGACGCAUAAUAUUCAGAAGGAGAAGGAAUUCUUACGGAAACUGGUGAAAUGGCGUGUAAUUAAUGACCUCACUAGCGGCAUCUGAUGGAAGCGAAGGGACGUUCACCGAAAACACUAACCAUUGCCAGCGCGGAACUCCCGUAACCCUCCAGAGGAAGCGCCGAAAGGCUUGCAUGCCAUUAGAGAGCGUCCCUGGAUUUCCAUGGCGGGGGGAGGGGUGGGGCGGCUCACGGACUCGGCUGCCAUACAAGGAGGAAGAGUUUUUGAUUAUGGCGACCUGCAAACACACUAUUCUCAAAGAACUGAUUUUUUUUUAAAGUAGUUAGAACUUUGAAUGAAGAACACUUAUAAUGCGUACAGGAUUCACCGUGCCAAACGUACCUCGGGAUUAGGUAUGCGAGGUGCGGGGGCGGUACAUCAUGAAUGUAUAAAGUAUUAUUUUUAGGUACAAGCAUGGGAUCGCUGUGCGCAGGGGGUGGAGAUAUGGCGGGGAAAUUACACUAAUCCGUCUGCAUUGUGACAUAUCUCUCUGGCUGCUUGGUGCAGACUUUAACUUAUCACCGUCCAGGGUCGGGGGCAUUGUUGGUGCUGCUAAUAACGUAGAUGGGCAAAUAUUGGUCUAUCUAUAUAUGUCUGUCUUUUGAGUUUAUUGUUAUGUUCGAUUGGGAUUGAGGGAGGGAGGGGGGGGAGGGGAAACUUGUAUACUGUACGAUCAUUCAGUCAGUGUUAGAAUUGCGCCGUUGAACAGUGUUUGAAUCCUUUGCACCUACAAGAAGUAGAACUGUCGGCCUCGGGGGGGGGGGGGUGGUUGGUGGGACGUGGUGUCAUGGCCUCUCUUACCCAGCUACAGGCUGGCAGCGUGAUCUGAGCACAGAGCGGCUCCUCCGCCACAGACAUAUGACUCCCAGACACAUCAGCAAUACAUUUCAUAUCAGUAAUGACUCCUCGGCCAGCACUAGACUUUCAUCACCUGUAUAUCGGUCCUCAUUCCAGGACUGUCAAAGGGUAAUUCCUGGAAUUGGACGCAUCAUUAAACUCCAUUCUGUGCCAGAAACGCUA